AGGGGCUGACGUGGCUGCUGGGCUGGGGGUGGGUCGGGCACGGAGUGGCCGCGUGUCCCCAGCCUGUCGCGGAUCCUUGACUCUGCGGCGGCCGUGUUAUGAAAGUUAUAUCCCUAUGGCUGCUCUAGGAGCAGCUGGUGAUGGUGGAGCUCUCAGGAAUUAUUGAUUCAGACUUCUUAGAAAAAUGUGAAAACAAAUGCAAGAUUUUGGGAAUAGAGACAGAGAGACCCAUUUUGCAAGUGGACAGAUAUGUCUUUGCAGGAGAUUAUGAAGAUGCCUUGGGAACCUGCGUGUUUUUUGAAGAAGACACGGAGCAUGAUGCUGAAGGCAACCAAAAACUACAGCUGAAGUACAAGUGCCACACAAUGAAGAAGUUGAAUAUGACACGGACGCUUUUGACUGAAAAGAAAGAAGGAGAAGAAAGCAUUGGUGGUGUGGAGUGGUUACAAAUCAAGGACAGAGACUUUUCCUACAGCAGGCCAAAUAUGAUUUGCAGCUUUCUGCAUGAACAGGAAGAUUCUGAGGAGUCAGCUCCGGCCCAAGAUAAAUUAACUGAGGAGUCAGAGGGGGAGGUGAGCGACAGAGGAAAUUCUGACGUGAACUGUGAUCUGGAAAAGCCACAUGGAUUGGAAAUAGAUGCUGCUUCUGUUCCUCUGCCUGACAGCCCUGCUUCUGAGGCAGAGGAUUCUCCUUCUGGAAGCAUUGCCUUAGAUGAUGUACCUCCGUGAUACCAGUUCUCAUCUCUUCAGAAUUUCUUCAUUGAAUUAAUGUGCUAAUGACACAAUUUCUAUUUUAUCUGAGUAAUUAAUAGUAGGAAAAACUGGCAAAAACUGUUCUUGUGCAUUCCUUUAAUGUUUGGAUUAUGCUGGGGAGAGGUUUCGCGGUUUUUAUUUGUUUUUGAUGCUGAUUGGAAAUGUGUGCAUCUCUACCUCAAAACUGAAGAAAAGGAAAUGGCUACGUAAUAAUUAAAUAAAAAGACCGUACAUUUGAGAAGUACAGAUGUAUUGUAUACCUUGUAAAAAGAAAAAAAUGAAUCAUGGUUUAAACUGUAAGUCCUGAAGCUUUCAGGUAUGGCGUCACCUUGUGUCACGCGCACCUGCUUGCUCUGUUCUUGUACUGCACUGACAGAAAAGUAAUUCUGGCUUUAUUAGGUUUGAUAAAAUCACGUGUGUUUUGUUACCUGGUUAAUUACUGA